AUGAACACCCAGCAACCUGCUGCCCAACCACAGCAGCCGGUGAUCCAGCCCUGCCGCUACAAGGUUGGCAAAGUGCUUGGCGCAGGGUCUUACUCUGUUGUCAAGGAGUGCAUUCACAUCGACACCGGCCGGUACUAUGCUGCCAAAGUCAUUAACAAGCGCUUGAUGGCCGGUCGCGAGCACAUGGUCCGCAACGAGAUCGCUGUCCUCAAGAAAGUCUCGAUGGGCCAUCAGAAUAUCCUGACUCUUGUUGACUACUUUGAGACGAUGAACAACCUCUACCUUGUAACAGACCUCGCUCUUGGUGGUGAACUGUUCGACCGCAUCUGCCGCAAAGGCUCCUACUAUGAAUCCGACGCCGCCGACCUAAUCCGCGCUGUCCUCUCUGCCGUUGCCUACCUUCACGACCACGGUAUUGUGCAUCGCGACCUGAAGCCCGAAAACCUCUUGUUCCGCACCCCCGAGGACAAUGCCGACCUGCUGAUCGCCGACUUUGGGUUGAGUCGCAUUAUGGACGAGGAACAGUUCCAUGUGCUGACCACAACAUGUGGCACCCCUGGCUAUAUGGCCCCAGAAAUCUUCAAGAAAACCGGCCAUGGCAAGCCCGUCGACAUGUGGGCUCUUGGUGUGAUCACAUACUUCCUUCUUUGUGGUUACACUCCUUUCGAUCGAGAUACUGACUACGAAGAGAUGCAAGCGAUCCUCAAUGCUGACUACUCCUUCACUCCCAUCGAAUACUGGCGCGGUGUAUCUGAGCACGCAAAGGACUUCAUCCGCCGCUGUCUGACUAUCGACCCCAAUAAGCGCAUCACUGCCCACCAGGCGUUGCAACAUCCCUUUGUGAACCAAUGGGCACGGAAUAAUGCCUCCGAUGGCUCUGAUAAGGGCACCAACCUUCUGCCGACUGUUAAGAAGAACUUCAAUGCCCGGCGGACACUGCAUGCUGCCAUCGAUACGGUCCGUGCCAUCAACAAGCUCCGUGAGGGUCAGGCAGGGUUCAUGAACGGCGCAAGGAGUAAGGAGCCAGGUCGGGAUGCUCCCCCUGGGCCAGCUGCUGCCGCUGCUCAGCAACAACAGCAAGGGCUGGCUCCUCCUAGGGAGGAACACAAUGGUGGCAAAGACUCAGGGUACAGUAGCGCUGCGCACACCAUCACCUCCUCUCAGCCGACGACAGUAGCAUCGUCUCACGUGCAGCAACAAGAGAACAUGGAGGAUGUGCCGAUGGAUGAUACGCCUGCACCGAUGCCGCAUUUGCAGACGCUGCAGCCAUCGCCAUCACCGGGAGCCCCAGCGGAGCAGCACCAAAGCAAUCUGCCUCCUGCUUUUGCCGUACCAGCGAGUUUGCGGCCAGGAAGUGAGGUGAAUAGGGUUGUGGAGACCAGUAAAGGUUUGUGGCCUGGUGGUGGUGGUGGUGGUGGGAGACGGUAA